AUGGAUUACAACAGACGGAACAAGGCACCACGGCCUCUGUCGGAGGCUGAGAAGGAGCGCCUGGAAGAAUAUAUCGACUCAAUUCACUACUCUCCUCGCUAUUCCGACGACGACUACGAAUACAGACAUGUUCAGCUACCAAAGGCUAUGCUGAAGGCCAUCCCAAAAGAAUAUCAUGAUCCGUCAAAAGGGACCUUGAAACUGCUCUGGGAAGAAGAAUGGAGAGCGAUAGGUAUUACCCAGAGUCUAGGAUGGGAGCAUUACGAGGUGCACGAACCGGAACCACAUAUCCUCCUGUUCAAGCGUCCGAUCAACUACGUGCCCCCGGCACAAUGA